ACCGUUAAAGUGGAAGGAGGCUGCACCGUGUCUCAUUGGAGUCCCUGGGAGUUUUGCACUGAGGCAGGGGUCAGCUGAAAGACAAAGAAAAAUGGCGAAUAGUUUGGGAGGGCAGCUGCUCAGUUUUGCACCACAGUGGACACUCCAGAGAGCUUGGCCUGCAUCUCCUGCUGCCUUUGUUUCCUCUUUGCUCCACGUCUCUCUUCCCCUCUUCUUUUUGUGUGUGGAGAAGGACUAGAAAUGGCUAAAUUAGCUCUGUCAGAGGAGGCAUGAUUAGCUGCCUGUAAAAUUAACGCUAUCCCCGUUACCAUAAUGUCCACGGAUGGGGGUUUUGCAGGAGGAAACAGUGAUGCACAGCAGUGUCUUCAAUCUUUCUGGCCUCGAGUCAUGGAUGAGAUUCGAAACCUAACAGUGAAAGACUUCAGAGUUCAGGAGCUCCCAUUGGCACGCAUUAAGAAGAUCAUGAAACUAGAUGAAGAUGUGAAGAUGAUCAGUGCAGAAGCUCCUGUUCUGUUCGCCAAGGCUGCUCAGAUAUUCAUCACGGAGUUGACACUACGAGCUUGGAUACACACAGAAGACAACAAACGCAGGACUUUGCAGAGAAAUGAUAUUGCUAUGGCCAUCACGAAGUUUGAUCAGUUCGACUUUCUCAUUGACAUCGUUCCAAGGGAUGAACUUAAACCUCCAAAGCGACAGGAGGAGGUCCGCCAGGCUGUGACUCCAGCAGAACCCGUCCAGUACUACUUCACUCUGGCCCAGCAGCCAGCAGCUGUCCAAGUCCAGGGCCAACAGACGGGCCAGCAGACAACCACAUCCACCACCACAAUCCAGCCUGGGCAGAUCAUCAUCGCCCAGCCUCAGCAAGGACAGACCACACCUGUGACCAUGCAGGUGGGAGAAGGGCAACAGGUGCAGAUCGUUCAGGCCCAGCCACAGGGGCAAACCCAGCCGGCGCAAAGUGGGACCGGGCCAACUAUGCAGGUCAUGCAGCAAAUCAUCACCAACACGGGCGAAAUCCAGCAGAUACCGGUCCAACUUAAUGCCGGCCAGCUGCAGUAUAUCCGCUUAGCCCAGCCUGUGUCUGGAACUCAGGUGGUCCAGGGCCAGAUCCAGACGCUUGCAGCCAACACGCAGCAGAUUGCGCAGACAGACGUUCAACAGGGGCAGCAGCAGUUCAGCCAGUUUACCGAUGGACAGCAACUCUACCAGAUCCAACAAGUGACUAUGCCUGCCGGUCAAGAUAUCACCCAACCUAUGUUCAUCCAGUCCACCAAUCAGACGACAGAUGGACAGGCGCCACAGGUCACGGGAGACUGAUCAGCUCCAGCCGGAAGCUUUCCUGAUGUGGUGGAAUUCAUAGCGACUUGAUUGAUGUUCCCACUGAUCAAGUCGAGAAACAGCCUUUUAACUAGUCCAUUCCCUCCCCACCAUGUUGUCUUCAUUGAUAGAAAGAUGUCAAAGGUUGUGAUCAGCGUUACAUCAACUGCUUACGUUGGCUGGGAGGAGAGGAUGCCACAGGAACUGACUACAAUGCAAUAUAUGUAUUUCUUUUUAUAUAUAUAUAUAUAUAUAUAUAAAUUUUGAAUUCUGUGUUCCUCAGUAGUUCCACUUUGACCAUUUUAUAGAGGGCUCUGCAGGCAGUGCAAGGCCUUCUCAUUUCUUCGUGGUCUGGGAUCUUUUCUUUGUCCUUUCUGUUCUCCCGUCCAUUACAUUUGAAAUCAAAAAAAUCUUUAUCCUGUUUCAUCCCUGAUUGCACAUAUCGCAUUAUCAUUAAAUCUGAAAGUGUGUUAGUGUGCACAUGUGUAUAUACUGUGUGUGUGUGUAAGAGAGAAUGGGCAGAGGGAUUCCUCUUUUUUUUUUUUUUUAAUCCAGGUGCUGCUAACUGCAGUUCCCAAGUUUGAAAAUUAACAGGGAAAACCCAGCUUUUCCUUUAUGAACCUAUUUUCUAAAGGCAUUAAAUUUGGCCUCAAACUAUUUUGGAAUGACUUAAGGGGAUUUGGACACGCAAAUACAAUGUAUUGGGUAAUGGUAUAAAAUUCAGUCGAUGCAUGUUUUUUAAAAAAUGCAUGAAAUGCAAUAAACCUUUUUUUUCCUAUAAUA